CAAUUACUGUUAUACAAGCUUUCAGAUCUUGAAAAUAUAUGGGAUAAGAUUCAAUCUCAUUCUUCAAAAAGACAACAGUGGAUCACUGAUCUGGAUAAUCAGUUUCGAAAUAUUGAAACAGAUAGAAUGAAAAAGAUCCGAGAGGUUUUUACACGCUAUGGGAAAGAAAUUAACAAAAUAUCUUAUCUAGCAAAGUCUGAUAUCCAACGACUGAUGGAUAAAGAAUCACAGAUGAUCAACCAGAUAAUGCUGACUAAUCGCAGGUCAUAUGCAGACUUGUAUGUUCGCCUAAUUACUGCAGAUAUUGAAAGAGAAAAGAAUCAGAGAAUUUACUGGAGCAGAAGAGUUGAUGAGUGGAAAUCUCUACUUUGUAAAAUAGCAGUUGAGAACUUCAAAGAAUUCAUGCAAUCACCUGAAGUGAUGAAUCCUUCCUCUAUAGAAGCUAUAAAGACUGAAAUGUUACAAAAUUUAAACCUACUGAAUUCGCAACGGCUUGGCCUGAUAAAAUCUCUUAAUGACAUGAAACCACCUAACUCCACCAAGUCAGCUGUUUAUAAAUGGCGAACUGACAUCACAACUAUGACAGAACAACUGGAUUCUUUAUCUUUGGUAUACACUGCCAAACUUCAUGAUGCCUAUGAGAAAGUUUGUAGCAAAUGUCUUGAUGAAAUGGAACAUGUUAAGAGUCAGCUGAUAGAAUCAGGUCUUUGUUCAAGCCAUCGUGCAGCCCAGGUUGUUGAUGAAUAUAUGUUACCACUUAUUGGGGAACAGCAGAGGACAUUUGAGGAGAAUGUAGCAUCAAUAGAGAAAUCAGUAGAAGAACAGAACAGCAAGAUGAUUGUAGAGGUCAACGCUCUGUUUAAGUACAUUCAAGGAGUAGCACAUUUAUGGGAUCUACAUGAGAUUGGAUUAGCUAAGCAAGAAAGAGCUUUACAAGAAAAAUUGGAGCUGUGCCGUCAAAAACAUGAUCAGAGCAACCAGGAGAAAGAAGCUCAUCUUGACAUUGUUAUGGACAGGAUGAGACAAGAUGCUUCAGAGAUAGCACUUAAAGACAGUCUAGUAAAAGCUCUCACAAUGCUAGAAAAAAUCAGAGAAUCGUAAGUGUUAUUGCUUGAUAAUUU